AUGUCAGGCAUGCAUGACCGAGUUCCGAAGUCGGAACCCAGUCCAGCCAUUUCUGGAUUUCCUGUUCCAAUGGCGGUGUCACAUGGUCUACCUAAUAUCACCCCAGCCCACCCAAUUCCUAGUUCCUCUCUUGAGCACCUCACUAGGGACAUGAAAAACCUGGUGAAAAAGAUACAAGACCUCAGUCACUUGGGCAUCGAGGACAGCAAGAUUAUGCUUCCAAAGAUAUGUGUUGUCGGUGACCAGAGUACCGGGAAGAGUUCCCUGAUCGAGGGUAUUUCCGAGAUCAAGGUACCUAGAUCCGAGGGAACUUGUACUCGCUGCCCGCUCGAGAUCAAUCUCUCUGAAAGCGAUGAUGCUUGGAAGUGUGUCAUUCAUCUAUCUCGUCGAUAUGUCUUUGACCCGUCGAAGCGCCUGAAAGUCCCGAAGAAGUCGCAACCCCUGGGACCAUGGAUUGCCCUCGGCGGACAAGACGAUGAACACUUUGUCACCUUGGACAAUAAACAGCAAGUCGAAAAGGCUAUCAGUUGCGCCCAGUUGGCUAUCUUGAACCCAAGCACGGAUCCGCAGGAUUUUGUGCCUGGAACUAUGCCUGAUAUGUCACACACCCCUCAGGUCAAGUUUUCUCCGAACGCCGUGCGUUUGGAUAUCUCCGGUCCCGGUCUUCCUAAUUUGUCAUUUUACGAUUUGCCUGGAGUGAUUAGCCAAACUGAACAAGACAACGAACGAUACUUGGUGAAUCUAGUGGAGAAUCUGGUGAAAGACUACGUUUCUCAGGAACAUUGCAUUGUGCUUCUCACAUUGACCAUGACAGAUGACGCCACUAAUUCCAGUGCUGCCCGCCUCGUCCGUGAUAUCAAAGGCGCAAAAGAACGCACCCUUGGCGUCUUGACGAAGCCGGAUCGUCUACCCCCUGAUGGACGUUUUGACCUAUGGGGUGAAAUUCUUGACGGAAGCAAGUUCAAGCUUGGUCACGGUUAUUAUGUCAUUCGAAAUAACACCCACGCGGAUGUGAGCCAUGCCCAAGCUAGAAAAGAGGAAGAAAUAUUCUUUAGUUCUUCGAUGUGGACAAGGGAUCUCGCAGCAUUCGAAGACCGCUUUGGAACAAGGCAACUUCAAACGGCGUUGUCUGACCUUUUGAUGCGCCAAAUCUUAGGAUCUUUGCCAUCGAUUAUUGCCCAGAUUGAUGAAAAGUCGAAGGCCAUUGAUGCAGAAUUGAAGACACUACCCAAUCCUCCCACUGAGGAUGUGCAGCGGAUUCUUUGGGGCAAAACCUCUGAUCUUGAACGGAAGAUUCACGAACUGUUCGAUGGAACCCCCAGCAUCGAGCACUGUGCUUCCCAGAGGAAGCCAUUGCAAGAGCAGUGGAACAAGAUUGUUAUGGAUCUCCAGAUGGCACUUGCAAAGACACGUCCAAUCUUGGAUGUUGCUUCCCAGAAGGACAACGAGGACCUGGCGGAGGUUGUGGAUUCCGACUGUGAAAUGGUGAUUGUAGGUGUCAGCAUAUCAACACCCAAGAAGAGAAAGUCGCCUGCGAGCGGUACUUCGACAUCGGAGCCAGCAACACCGAGGAAGGCGUUGUACAGCACCGGCCACUUUGAAGGGUCCAAGCCCACUCGUAUCACUCUGCAACAACUUACCGAACUCAAGAUUCGCUCUAACACGGUUGGUGUGCCCAACCAGCUUGAUCCGCGGGCGAUUGAAAACCUAAACAAAAGGAGCGUUGAGCAUUGGGGCAAGCUCAUGGAAAUUUUCCUCAAGGCUACGCAUAACCUUGUGCAUAGUAUGCUGGUUGAAGCUCUGGAGGAGGAAUUUGCCCAGUAUCACCAGACAGGAUUGUACCAGGAGCUUAAGAGAAUUCUCAAGGAAUUCAUGGCCAAGCUCCGCCAUGCUCACCUUCAGAUCGCGAAGGAUUAUUGCAAGUCGGAGCACGAGAUACCCUUCACAAUGGCCCAAGGUCAACACCAGAUUUUGAUGCAACAGGCUGCGAACGCAUUGAGGGCUCGCCGCCACAAUGCUCGCGCCACGUGCUGGUUAAAAGUGCGCGGCCACGAUAUGAGCGACGAACGAAUUGCCGACAAGAUCAAGAAGAUCCAACCUGACCAUCUUGUUACUGAUAGAUACUCGCAGGAGAUUGAGAUGAUGGCAAGCUCGCUGGCCUACUAUGACAUCGCGUCGUCCCGUUUCCUCGACGUUCUAUGCCAGUCCACGCACAUGAAGUUGUUCCGGGCUUGCCGCGGAGGUCUUGUGAAUACCCUCCGUGACGACCUUGAAAUCUUCGGCGAUAACGGUCGUGCCCGCUGUCUCAAUCUCAUGACCGAAGAUCCAGAACGGCAGCACCGCCGUGCUCAGCUACAGAAAGAGCGUGAAAAGUUCUCGAAGGCGCAAGAAUGGUUGGACUCGGUCCGAGAUGAAGACAUGGAGAUGGAAGAUGUGGACCAAACUGAUGUCGCAGACAUCAAAGACGAUUGGUCUUUGUGA